CAGCUUCCCGCGGGCUUACUGUUUGGCGCUCCACCGUCUGCCAUAAAUAACGACCCCGUUCUGACUUAAUUUUUUCAUCUAUCUCCAUCAUCGGUUCAUAGGUUCCUCGUUCUCGUAUUUUCAUUAAAAAAAGUCAAUUGAAUCCGGUAGUUAGCAAGGCUGCAGCGCUCGCUUGGAUCCGAUUGCACGCGUCGCUUUUCAGCUCCUUCGUGGCUGUUCGACUUUGCUCCUUCGACGCCUUCCUAUCCGAUCGGAAGUUACGAUAUUUUGAUUGGAAGGAAGAACAGCUCGCUGGCUGUGAAGAGUUUCAUGCAGGCAACAAUGGCGUCCAUCAGAUACAAGACUUUAGUGCUCUUUAGCAUCGCCGCUAUUUGUGUUUCUCUCCUAUCCCUCCUCUCCUGUCAUCUCUUACCUUCCUACGCUCCCUUGGAUCCGGUCCUUCGAUUGCCGUCAGAAAUCUCUGGCCGCCGCCUAAAAGCCGGUGGGGAUGAUUCUGUCGGGACGAGAUGGGCCAUCCCGAUUGCAGGAUCUUCGGGCUGUGGGAAUUACCGACAUCAGAAGUGGGAUGACUGUCUUUCAAGCCAGAGUGAUGUAGACCUCGUUGAUUACUGGAAUGAGUUCCUUAAUUCACCUGAAGGAUCAUCCAAAAAACUCGAUGCACAGAAAGAAUUGCUUGAUAUACUGACUCAUCGCGUGCAUGUAGAUAAUAGUUUAAACCUCAUAGGGAAGCUUCUCUUUGGAUCAGAGAAAGGCAUACAAGUCCUUAGUGCAGUUCAAAACACAGGGCAGCCUCUGGUUGACGAUUGGGCCUGCCUAAGUUCAAUGAUUCGGAUUUUUGAAACACAUUGUGGAUCUCUAUCUGAUUAUGGUAUGAAAUACAUACGCUCUUUUGUUAACAUUUGUAAUGCUGGCAUCAGCAAUGAGACAAUGGCUAAGGUGUCUGCUGAAGUUUGCAGCCAGAUUCCAUCCACUCGACGGAGUUCUCUUCAUAGAGGCUUCAGUGUCUGAAAUGGGUUAUACCAAGGAAGGAAAGCACAAUCUCAUGCUAGUUAGUGGCUAUCUUCUACAUUGUUGUAAAUAGAAGUUUGAUAUGUGUAUGUCUCAUUUCUGUCAAAAUUGUAUGACAAGUUUUUCUCUAUUGUGGAUCAAGUAUAGUGCCACUGCUUUAAUUCUUACAUUUUAUAUAUUUAACGAUUACUCUUUUAAUGGCAGGGAUGAUAUUUUAAGCUUCUAAUGCUUGAAUUUCAUUCAAUUAGCUAUCAAAAGUUCAUUCUUGAGUUUCUUGA